UUUCUCUGUAAUCUAGUAGCGAGGAUCCGGAAUUCGAAUUUAGCUCCUGUGUAGUUGCGUGUCUUUGCAUGACGGCACGUCGCGUCGCGUUUAUUUAGCAAAUAGCAAAUCAGCCUGUCACCCGAAGUUGGCCAACGCCAGAAUCCACCUUGGACUCAACCGAAAUGUCAUCGGUAUAUAGCAACGAACGGCAUCAAACUAACUCGAAUCCGUCUGGUGGCUCCUCUACGACCGUUGACGCGGCCCUUGAGCAUGCGCGGCGUGCCUUCGCGCUGAAAAAAUAUGAGCAGGCUGUGGAGUUGUAUGCCACGGCCCUCGAGAUGCAGACAAAGACACAUGACGAGGACGCGCCUGAAACGGCAGAUUUGUAUUUCUUGUAUGGAAAGGCACUAUUGGAGAACGCAAUAUCGCAGGCUUCGGUGCUGGGAAAGGAACCUGAACCAGGGGCAGCGGAAGAAGAGAGACCUGCACAAAGCAAUGGAAAAGGACCUUUCUUGUCGUUUUCGGGCGAUGGUGACGAAGAGGACGGGACUGUGGACUUACUCACGCAAGCUGGGAAAGAAGAAGAGGAGGAGAGCGAGGAGGAAGGUGAUGAUGGGGAGCCCGAGGAUGACUUCAACGCUGCGUGGGACGUGUUCGAGUUGGCACGAUCAAUAUACGACAAGGGGAAAGACCAGGACGACGAGAUUAAGCUUAAACUGGCAGAUACAUAUAUUGCACUCGGAGAUGUAUCCCUAGAAACGGAAAAGUUUGACCAAGCCAUCACGGACUACUCUGCUGGCCUUGCACUCAAGACCGACUUGCUCCCCAUUUCAUCACGACAGAUUGCUGAAGCACAUUACAAGCUAAGUAUGGUUCUCGACCUUACUUCAGGACGACUAUCAGACGCCAUCGCGCAUGCCGAGAAAGCACUGAAUAGUGUGUCAACUCGUAUCAGCGAGGUCCGGGAUGGCUUGGAUGGAAGGUUGGUGCCACUCCCUACGGUCCAGUCGAAAGAAAAAGAUAAGAAGGGAAAGGGAAGAGCAGAUCCAAUAGUAUUGGUACCUGGAGAACUGGUUCAGGGUUUGACAAGGAGUCAAAUGGAAGCAGAACUGCGGGAUUUGGAAUCUCUCAGGGAAGAUCUCGCUGCCAAGGUGGAAGAGUUGAAGACGACACCCUCUGAGCUAGCGGAGACAGCGCCGGCGCUUGCUGCAAAAGCGCUUGACGACGAGCUUAACGUACGGUCAAUAGCCGUACCAGGCCAGCCGCCUGUCGUUCAUGAUUUGACUUCCAUGGUGAAGAAGAAGAAAAGGCCAAUGGACACAGAAGGUACUGCGAAGCGCAAAGCCGACGACAACGACAAGGAUGCCCCUCUGAAAAAAGCGAAGUUUGGUGACGAAGUGUCAUGAUACGAAUUCCACUGUAUCUUGACCUGU